AUGAGGAAUAUCGAUUUUAACAAGCUAUUCCCAAGGGGGUUUCCUGUCGCUUUAGUCGAGUAUAUUGUGGGAAAUACGAAUAAGGCGGUACAUGUACGACUGGAAGAAUGUUUUAAUAAGAAUGUUAUUCUUGAUUCUGUCGCUAGAAAUAGUGCGCUUUAUCGAGCAGGGCAAUACAACACCCCCGGUGCGAAGAAUGUGGUUGAAGAGGCAAUGUUGGCAAAGAUUAACGCCUUGGCUCCUUACAUUAGUCACUGGCCUGAAGCAGUCGCAUUGGAAUGGAAGCCUACUAAUGCGCCGUUUGCUGUGAAAAAUUUGGCUGAAUUUGUAGACACCACAUGCUAUUAUGCUGAACGCAUGGAAAACCUCGGGGCGGUCAUUGCAUCAGGAAACCUACUCCUUCAAUCUCGUCUCGGUUAUUCAGUAGAUCACAUUCCAGAUAAAAGAGUGAAGGGAGAUAGAGGAAAUCAGUCAGAAACCGAUGAGGAGCGGUUUUGGCGCAGUUUUUCUUCCUCAAUUCCUCUGUCUAGUGGUCCUUAUAUGGGAGAGGGACUGCUUAGUUACGAAUGGUAUAUGAAGCGAACAAAGGUUGCAACUGUGUUUAGUUUGGCGAUGCUAUCUUUUGUUGGGGAGGAAAAAGGUCAAUACAGGGAUACACGGGCAAUGGUAAAAUGUAUUACCGAGCGAUUAUUUUAG